UUUGUUCUGGUGCUCUGUAAGCUUUGGUUGAAUUAACAGAGCAAAACCCACCAUCAUUGGAAACCAUAUCAUCCGCGUGCGCAACUUGAGCAUCAUCGACGAUUGAAACCCAAUUCAAGCCCCGUAUAUCGAUCUUCACAAGUGGUUGGGGUGUGAUGUCGAGUUGGUGAUAUCAGUAAGGGUGGUGGAAUCACCACCAGAAAUCUAAUUCUCACAGUCCUUUCAUAAAUCGGAGAGGCGCUGUAAGAAAUCGGUCGCGGCCUUGGUCGACUCGGCCGACACUUUGACCCCUACUUGGGCCAAGUAGGUCCCACAUCCUGAUGAGAAAGUACUUGCUUUCCACACGUUCUCGGAUCGGCGGCCACCCUACGAUUGUAUACCUCCGCUUUCCUGUUUCUUUGCCCUAUUAAUGGAGGAGCCCUUGUAACUAACUUCAACCCCAUCAUUCUCAGCUUGAUUAGGCUUGUUCCGGUUGGGAAUUGAGAUUCAUUAUUGCGUAGGCUUUGAAUUUUGGGUUGAAACAUAGAUGGGCGUCUUGGACGAGGGGCACGUGGAGGUGGGAUUUGAGCAAGAGACUCUAGCCAUUGAGGAGGCUGUUAAAGUGCUUUUGCAGGGUUUGGGUGAGGAUAUCAAUAGGGAAGGCCUCAGCAAGACUCCUGCCCGUGUUGCCAAGGCCCUUCGUGAAGGAACUAGAGGUUACAGACAAAAGGCAAAGGACAUUGUUCAAGGUGCCUUAUUCCCUGAAGCUGGUUUGAAUAAUGGAAUUGGUCAUGCAGGAGGAGUGGGUGGGCUUGUGAUUGUUCGAGAUCUUGAUCUCUUCUCGUACUGCGAAUCUUGUUUGCUUCCAUUCCAGGUUAAGUGUCAUGUGGGUUAUGUCCCAUCAGGGCAAUGCGUUGUGGGCUUAAGCAAGCUUUCUCGGGUAGCUGAUGUUUUUGCAAAACGACUCCAAGAUCCACAGCGUCUUGCAGAUGAUGUGUGUUCUGCUUUGAACCAUGGGAUCAAGCCUGCAGGUGUUGCUGUUGUACUCCAGUGUUUACAUAUUCAUUUCCCAAAUUUAGAAUUGGGCUUUCUCGAUUCAACCCAUCAAGAAUGGGUAAAAGUAUCAGUUUGUUCUGGUAAAGGCCUUUUUGAAAAUGCAAAGGCCACCAUUUGGAGUGAUUUUUUAAGUCUCCUGAAAUUCCGAGGCAUAAAUGUGGAGAAAACCUGUACCAGAGAUUCCACAGGUCCAUGUUGGUGCCCAUCCCAGUCUUCCUCUGCUUUGAUUCCAUGCAAGAUAGAAAUAGUCCACCAAAUGGUUACUGCAGUAACUUCAAUUCUGAGGUCUUUGGGUGAAGACCCAUUAAGGAAAGGGCUGGUAGGAACCCCUAAUCGUUAUGUGAGGUGGCUGCUGAACUUUGAGAAAACUAACAUGGAGCUGAAAUUAGAUGGGUAUGUUUGUGGUAAAAUGGAUCCUUUUCAACCCAAUUGCAACGAGGAAGAGAUGCAUUCUGAGCUGAACUUGGCAUUCUGGUCUCAAUGUGAGCAUCAUUUACUUCCCUUUCACGGUGUUGUGCAUAUAGGCUACUUCUGCACCAAAGGGAACAAUCCCAUUGCAAAAUCCAUUUUACAGUCAAUAGUACAUUUCUAUGGCUUCAAGCUUCAGGUACAGGAAAGAAUUACCAGGCAGGUUGCUGAGACUGUUUCAUCUCUGUUAGGUGGGGAUGUGAUAGUGGUGGUGGAAGCUAGUCACUCUUGUAUGGUAUCCAGAGGAAUUGAGAAGUUAGGAAGUAAUACUGCUACAAUGGCUCUGCUUGGCCGAUUUUCAACUGACGAUGCUGCAAAGACCAUUUUUUUGCAGAGAAUUCAAAACACUUCAACUUCUUGAGGACAAUGAUUCCAAUCCAGAUUUCUUCUAUCAAUCACAAUUUUUCCUUGCACUGGUAUUUUUUUCUGUCUGCAGUCUCACGGGCAUGACAGGGAUAGGUUGCAGCUGAUCUGCCAGAGUUGUCUUCAAGUUGGACAUGGUACAAGUAUUGAGGUUCCAAAGUUUUUAUUUAACUUAUUCAUGUUUCUACUUAUAUGUAGCAUAGACCCUUAAAAAGAAAAUUCCAGCAGCCUGCCAUUGUUUCCAUGAUAACUUUGUCUUUUGAUCAUUUAUUGAUUGGCAUCCAUUGCCUACAUUGACUGGUUACUAUGGAGAGAUGAAAACAUCUAAAGAAAAUUCCAUUUUUCUUUUUUCAUAAUGGAAAAUACAGAUGUUUAGAUUUUGGAAUUCAA